CGCUUCGCUGAUCAAGGAGGGGAUAAAAAGGCUCCGUUGUGAAGCGUUGCCUUUAUUUGCUGCUAUAUAUUUUUCCUGGCGUGUUGUGGACGAGCCGGGUUAGUGCCGCCAUGUCUGGCCGUGGAAAGCAAGGAGGUAAAGUCCGGGCGAAGGCAAAAUCUCGCUCUUCCCGGGCUGGGCUCCAGUUCCCUGUAGGUCGCGUCCAUCGUCUCCUGCGCAAAGGCAACUAUGCGGAGCGGGUGGGCGCCGGAGCUCCCGUGUAUUUGGCUGCGGUGCUGGAGUACCUCACUGCCGAGAUCCUGGAGCUGGCUGGCAACGCCGCCCGGGACAACAAGAAGACCCGCAUCAUUCCCCGCCAUCUGCAGUUGGCGGUCCGCAAUGACGAAGAGCUGAACAAACUGUUGGGAGGAGUCACCAUAGCCCAGGGGGGAGUCCUGCCCAAUAUCCAAGCCGUGCUGCUGCCCAAGAAAACCGAGAGCCACAAGCCCAAAGGCAAAUGAGGCGGCGGCCGGCCAUCCCUUCCUGGACAAAACCAUCCGUGUCAAAAACAAAAGGCUCUUUUAAGAGCCACCCACGCUUUCAAAAACGAGCUGGAAUUGUGUGUUGCAUUGCGGGGUUUUCGUAGGAGCGCCAGCACUGAAUCCUAGGGGAUGAUGAAUAGUUUCCAAAAUAUUAAGAGUGUUGGAUUUUUUUCCCUGUCAGGGUAGAAAGUCAGUGGUUUCUCGAACGCGUUUGCGACUGCUGGGAGGCGAUUCACGCAUUCUCGGCAAUGACAGGCCUCUGUUACAGGGUUGUUGUAAUGCUUCCUGUACUGUCCGUGACUUGCAUUAAAAACUUACCUGAGAAACCUGCGUGAAGGUUCUUUGAACAGCACGUAAUACAAGUGGAAUGGGAACGCCCCAAUUUUGGGCGGGGAGUGUAUGUGUGCGGAUUUUAUGAAGCUUGCUUAGUCCCGGAGCGCAAGUUCACGAACCGCGGCAAAU